AUGCCGCAACAGUUUCAGGCCGUCAAAUGUUACAAAUGCAACACUUUCCAGGUCCAGCAAGUUAAGAAAGUGCAGAAAUUUAACUGCGCCAUUUGUGGGGAGAAGCAGACUGUUCAGCACAUAUACGCAAUAAGCGAUGCGGCCAAAGAUAUCCGUCUGCACGUGCAGCGACUUAACAUGGGCGCUGCUGCUGCUCAAGGAGCCCAAGAAGACGCAGCCCUGCAACGACUCGAAAACGUUCAUACCCUAGGGCAUACUGGACAUGGUGUGCCAACCAGCUUGUAUGUCGACACUGUCCAAGCAAAGCCAGCAGCAGUCGACUGGAUGGCUUUCGCAGACGAUGGCGACGACACCGGUCUGGACUGCGGAGACGAUAACGGUUGUGAAAGGCUAGUCACUACACUGCCGGAUGGUAAACGUGGCCGCGGUUCACGUGGGUGCCAAAGCCGUCCGUACAAGCAACGCCGCAUGGAGGAGAGUAGCAGCGCGAGGCAGCCAAACAAGGGCAACGCCUCAGGAAUCACCGUGCAAGCACCGAAGCAGGACCAGCCACAUCUACAACAUAGCCGAUUAAACUACGCGGGUCCGGCGCAGCGCGUGUAUGGCAGCAGCCGGCAACCGGCCCAGCCCCAGAACAGCACGUUCCCCGCCUCCCGCCCUAUUAACCGCCCUGACAACUCCCAGGUGCCAGAGGGCGCCGCUGUCGGUCUGGCCCCGGGCCCACAGCCGAAAUUGUUCCGGCUGACAUUUCACCGCAGGGACAGUUACAGCAAGCAGCAGAAGCAGCAGCAGGCCGCCAGCUUAUACAACCGGCGGUGUGACCGGCGUACGAGCGCCGUUGGCAACAGCACCCAGCCCGGCACCUGGCGGCUUCUGCCAAGCGGGCGGGGUUGGACGAUGGAGAUGGAGACAAUGCCGCUGGAGAAGAUUGCUUUGUCACCUGCUUGUAAGUGCAGCCGGCAAGCUGCGAACGCACCCGCUCGCAUGCUUGUCCUCAUCGUGAGCUGGGCUGGGGGCCCGACGACACUAGUGGUAGCCCCUGGCCAAAGCCUGCUCAAGGCCCCACCAUUGAUACGGGAUAACGCACCGUCCCCAUCAUCUGUCAAAGCACAAGAAAAAUCAUCCUGGUUCGACAGCCACAGCAACCCACACGGUUUUCAUUCCCUUGGUGUACCAGACCGCUGGCUCGACGCUAAGCUAAGGAUACAGAACAGCUGCGGACAGAUGUCCAAAGCUGCGGGCUUGAAGCCAUGGGAGUAUCGCACAGGAUCAACUCCUGAUCGACUAUCUAAACGCCGACUCAAGGGACUCCAAGACCGGCUCAGCCCAGUGUCACCCAAAGCAAGCGAGAGCCUUGCCUCCAUCGCGAAACUAAACAACCUCCACUUUCUCUAG